GAUGAAUGAAUAUACUUCUUCCCUUGGAAUUGGAGUGUUCCAUUCAGGUAUAGAGGUGUAUGGCCGAGAAUUUGCCUAUGGUGGUCAUCCAUACCCUUUUUCUGGAAUAUUUGAAAUUUCACCAGGAAAUGCUUCUGAGCUCGGAGAAACAUUUAAAUUUAAAGAGGCUGUGGUUCUAGGCAGCACUGACUUUAUGGAAGAUGACGUAGAAAAAAUAGUAGAAGAGCUUGGAAAAGAAUUCAAAGGAAAUGCUUAUCAUCUAAUGCACAAAAACUGCAAUCACUUUUCUUCAGCUUUAUCUGAGAUUCUGUGUGGAAAAGAGAUUCCACGAUGGGUGAAUCGCCUUGCUUACUUCAGCUCUUGUAUUCCAUUUCUCCAGAGCUGUCUGCCGAAGGAGUGGCUAACUCCUGCAGCCCUCCAGUCCAGCGUUAGCCAGGAGCUACACGAGGAGCUGGAGGAAGCUGAGGAUGCAGCAGCAUCAGCUUCCUUGGCAAGCUCAGCAUCAGGGUCUAGAACUGGUCGCCACACCAAAUUCUAAGUCCUUCUCCAAAGUAACAAAUGGUUUGAAAUACUUCAGUUUAAUCUCUCCAGCAACUGACUUCCUGACAGAACAUGAGAGCUGACUCUAGAACAUUGUUUUUAUAUGCAAAAAAGGCUCUUGUCAACAACUCCUGUUUCAGCUCAGGAUUAUUUAUGUAGUGAAAAGAAUUGCUGGGAGAAAAGGGAAGGAUUUUGUGUGAAGCCACCCUUUUCAUUUUCACCUGUUUGGUAGACCUGGGUUAACUUAACAUCUUGUAUAAAGCAGAACUUAAAUUAUUUGUUUACAGUAUUGUGUACUGCUGUUUACAAGUCCUGUAAGGACUCCUGCCACCAUGGAAGAAGAGAGCGUUUGAGAUGAUUUAAGUGUUGGUAUAACUCAAAAGCAGUGGUGUGAUGCCCUGGAUGAACUCUCCCCUUUGUUUUCAAGAUUUAAGGCAGGUGAACAUUAAAUUUCUGAGAAAUGCCAGAAACUGCUGAAUAGUACAUAUGUGAACAGGGUACUGUGCACUUAAAGUGGCUGAUGUAAACAGGUAGAUUCCAGGACGUAGGCAGACUGGGUUUGUCCAAGAUCUGUUUCUAGAAGUAUGACCUCUGCAUUAAUGAAACUGUGGACUUUUGCACAUGUGAAGGGAAAUUUCUAUCUCAUUGCAAUGCACAUUGAUUUCCCCCCCCUUUUUUUUUAACUCAGCCAUGUAGUUUGCAUCCUAUCUUCUGUCUGUAUUUACAGUCUACUUCAGCCAGGAUUUAUACGUGCGAAUAUCAUCUGUUAGAAGCAUCAACAAACUUUUCACUAUUUGCUUUACUUGAUAUCAAAUUUGUAUAUAAGAGUUAGUACUUGUAUUCUUUUUUGUUUGUUUGUUUGUUUGUUUCAUAUAGUUUGGAAUAGUGUAAUACAAGCCAUUUAUGGUUGGGGAAUGGCCUUGCUUUCUGCUGCUGAUUUUGCUUCAUUUGCAUUCGUAAACAUUCAUGUUUUUUUUAGCUAUAAAUUACUGCCCAGUUGUGCACAAGUUAUAGAGAAAUCCUAAUUUAUUUUCCCACAGUGUCUAUCUGUGGCAUUAACUUUCUUGUCAGAUGUAAUGAAGAAAAACCUGAAAAUUGCUUAGGCACCUGCGUGUUUACACAGCAGAACCCACUAAUCUGCACACAUAAUUAUAUCUGAAGGUAAGAGAUAUUAUUUUCUAAAACACAGAAGUAUGUUUGCUGGUAGAUUAUAAUUACAGAUAAAUUAUAAUUAGUGAUCAGAAUAUAUAAUGGAAUGCCUUAUUCUUGUUCGCUUACCAAGAGAAUUAAUGGUUCUUCCAGUCAUUAGUGUAAAUUAGUGAGGUUCUAUUGUGCACAUAAGGAUACAGUAGCACAAACGUGAGGGAGGUGAGCUUGUGUAUGUUGUAAGACUUGCUGCCUUAAACUGACAAAAAACAUACCAUCCGUAAACUGAUCAGCUCACACAGUGUGCAUUACUAGAAGUAUAAAUGAUCCUUAUAAGCUUUAUUUUCAGUCUGUUGCUGGGUUUAGUUUUUCCAUUAAGUGAAAUACUGACUCUACAGUUUCUGCUGUUUAAAAGGAAAAAAAAAAUCCUCUUAGGAGGUGAGAAUGCGAAGACGAGAUGAAUGCUCCUGGCCACGGGAAGUCGGUGCCAUUGAACCCUACAGGAAGGUGCAGUAGGCUCUGUCCUAGUAAGAAUUCUUAUCAUCGCCAACUCCGACUCAUGUUGGAAACAAGCAGAAGUUUUUUUGCUAGCAGCUGGGUGGAAUCCUGUGUCAGACAGUCUCUAACUUUUCAUUCAUCCUCUCUGCUGCAGUGUAGGUACAGAGAGAGAGAGAGACGCUCAGUUUUGAGGGGAAAAAUCAAGUGAGACACUUUCUAGAAAGAGUGGGGUAAUAGUAGAAGUCUCUGACUGUAGUUUGGUAUGUGUUUUAAUAAUCUCUUCUACCAAGUGGAAAACACUUAAGACUGACGGGUCUACCACGAACUACAUUCUGUCUUUGGUCUCCAGAAGCUGGACAUACUGACUCUCCCCAUCGAGUGCUUUUUCACUUGAAUCUCUGAAUUGAGUUCUCCUUUUUUUCCUGUAGUGAAAAUGAAUACAGUGGUCUCCAGUCAACUCUCAAGCGUUACAGAACUGGAUCUCACACUACUUACAUCUAAGACAACAGGCCACAGACAGGUUAUUUUGUCUCUGCUGUGCAGCUGUGGUAGUUAAGUCUCUUGGCCAAGGCAGGUCCUUUAUUUCAGCUCAGGGUUGAGGCCACUGAUCUAGCAAUGUACUGUAGCUUUUCCUAGGUUUUAGGAAAAAUAAAUAGAAUGAAUUUUCAUUGCUACCUAACUUUUAUGUACCAAAAUCAGCUUUUUAGGCUUCUGACAUCUCCAGAGCGCUAGGUCACCAAUCUCUACACCUUCAUUAACACACACAACUGCAGCAUGUACAAUGCAAGAACAUGACAGAUCACAGCACAGUUUUUAUUUAGAAGUAAAACUAAGACUAUUUUUUAUAAAGCAGACUGGAAAGUUUGUAACAAAAACAUUCAUUUUAUUGGUAGCUGUACAGGUGAAAAUACUGUCUUAUGCUCCCUUUUUGUUGUUGUUGUUGUUUCAAAACCAUCCAUUUGUAAAUCCUAUGAGGAAACUGACACCUGAACCCUGAAGGCGGUUGGGUAUUGUAUCAGAGCAGCUUCAAUCGUGUGCUGUCCACUCAGCCUCCACUGGAUGCCUCCAAGAAGUCACCCUGCCAGUGGUUACUCCGAUUUGUUAGCAAUAGAGCAAGUUACCUUUCACCAGCAUUACUGCCAAGCAGGGAUUACUUUAGUCUACUAACGACCACACUGUGCUAGGACCAGACACUCCAAAAUGCUGUGAGAAAGCUGGACACCUGUGGAGUCUUUUCCAUCAAAACGGGUAGAAAAAUAUCACUACUUCAGGGUUCUGCUCUGUUUACUUUCUCAUUCUUGUUUAAUUUUCUGUAAGAUAGUACUUUUGAUACGUAUUAUAUUCUUUAACUCAAAGUCAUUUUAUUUAAAUGCCAUUUUCUGUUCAGCAAGCCAAAAAAAAAAAAAUCCAAUGUACUGUCAGUGUGCACCGGUAACUUCAGAGUGGCUUGGUAAAAACAUAGUUGCAUUACUUCUAAAAUUUGCAAUGCAAUUCUGAUCACUAUUGAUACAUGAUAAUUUUCACUGUUGGAAGUUGGUUACAAGCUGAAUAUUCACUGAUGCAUUUUUUGUAAACUUGUAUUCAAGUUUACUGUACUACAUAGUAUUUGUAUAAAAUUCAAAGAAUUUUGACUUUUGUUACCUGUACACGGCAACAAGUUGUCUAGCAUCUGAAACUUAAAUCCAUCAGUUUAUUAAAAAUACUUUUAU